AGCCUCAAGUCUGGCUAUAUAAGUGGCAUUCCCUUGCCGAUGGGUUGUCUUGCCAGUGUCCAGCCUGGCAUCCCCGAAAGUGCGGACUUCUUUAAGAAGUAUGCGCUGGGCAAGAAAAUUGGCGAGGGUGCCUUCGGACAAGUGCGCUUGGCGACGCACAUAAAUACGAAAGCAGUUUUUGCCGUGAAAAUUGCAGAUGUCCGAGAACGCGCUGUCAAUGGAAAGGCGGCUGUUGUAGUGAGCAGCAGGCGCCAAGGCAGCGUUGAGCGCGAGAUACGGGCGUGGCAAAUGGCCAGUACAGGUUCAAUUCCUGAAAUAACACACCUGCUUGAACCCUUUUAUUCAAGCGGAUUCUACUACAUGGUGUGCGAGCUUUGCAACAAGAAUUUGAUGCAGCAUCUGCUCCACGUUAAGACGAUCAGCGAGGAAGAGCUGGGUGAUCUAACUGCCCAAAUGCUCCGAGCCAUUGGUCACGUGCACAAAGUAGGGUUGGUACACAGGGACAUCAAGCCGGAGAAUUUCCUCUUCGGCGGCGACGUUCUAAAGCUCUGCGACUUUGGGCUGGCACUGCCGCAGCCCAAGAGGGGCAAGAAGCUGAAGGGGAUCGGCGGCACAGCCCCGUACAUGGCACCGGAGAUUCUGGUGCAAGCCUCAUGGCUCAGCGGGGGCUAUGACAAGGAGAUAGACAUGUGGGCCGUAGGCGUCAUCCUGUACCUUGUCCUGUUUGGACGUUUUCCGUAUAUGCCCCCCGGGGAGGCCACCGCCGAUUCCAUGAAAUGGGCUAUCAAGAACGACCAGCCGCCCUUGCAGUUUCCCGAGUCCCAAGCCUCGGCUGCAUUGGGUAUGGUGAGGCGGCUCUUGAAACGUCGGCCACAGGAUCGAGCCACCGCAGAACAAGCACAGCUGGACCCAUUUGUGGCGAAAGCCACGUCGAGUGAAGCAAGAGACUUGCGUGUCUCAGUCUUGCAGGCGAAGGAAGUCGCAGAGAGGCUCAAGGACUUCAAGGUGAGCCAAAGCACCCAGCAAGACCUGGAGUCCCGAUUGAAGAUGGUCACGGCAAAAAGUGGCGGCAUUUGGUUCUCGGAGGGUGACGAAGCCGUGGUAACACCGCAGCACUCCCUGACGAACUCUGUCGCCUCUCGAGCUGAUGCAAGGAUCAAGACGGACAAAAAGCCAGUGUCGCGAGACAAAUUUGGUACUCACUCCGGAGUUGUAAGCGAGCAGAAGCAGGAAUACCAGGACUUUCCAGCCAAGGCCGAGGCCAUCGCCGAAGAACCUCACGAUUUGUGACCGCGUCGGAUUUUACAGUCGGCGCACGGUUCAAAGUCCGUGCCGCCUGGCUGAUCUUUGCAUGUUUCACCGAAGUUUCACACAAAGGAAGACGUUUUCUCAAUGCAGAGUGCCUCGGAGCCAUACCAUCUACUGUUGCCACCCAUAGC